CAUGUACAAAAACAUUUGUAGUUUCUUAGAAUGAGUGAGAAACUGCUACUAUAAUGUGCGCAAGUAAUUAUAUUAGGUACAAGUUGAAGUAACAAUUAUGAGAAUUACACUUUUUAUCAGAAAAAUCCACCAGAGCCUUGACAAAAACGGUCAAUUUGGUGCUUUUAACCUGAAAGGGUUUUCCCGGAAGCUGCUUUUCACUUUCCGGUAAUUGGGGCAAGAUGGCGACAUCCAUAACGAGGACGUUUGGGUCUCUUCGUAACGUUGCACACAGAAGCUUAAAGAAUGCUGAGUUGGCUCUAGAUGUACGGCAUCCUGGUCCACUUUUCUUGCCGGUUCGGACCAAGAAGAGGUACUUUAUUCCUCCAGCGGUGGGGUUAAAGGGGAAGAAGGAAGAAAACCUAGAGGCUAAGGCUCGAGCAGCUGGCAUCGUCUUCCGACAGCAGUACUUAGAGAGAUCCAUUAACAUCGCUUGCUCAGCGGGAGUGUUUGACCCGUACAUCCCUCCAGAAGGAGACGCGCGUCUCUCCGCGCUGUCUAAGGAAGGCCUGAAACAGCGAACAGAACAGAUACGACAGAGCGCCGCAUCACAACUCGCGAUUCGUAAAAUCAAAGAGCACGAUUCACAGUUCAGCACAAAGACGUUUGCAGAGCAAGCUCAAGAGAUCUUCGUAGAGGCUCACAACUCCCUGACACACUUCAAUAAAGAGAAGCUUCAUUCUCUGGUUACAGAAAGAUGUUAUCCUGAGAUGACGAGAGGCAACCGUUACAAGACGAUCCGGUGGAGGUUUGUCGAGUCACUGGAACCGCCCAGAGUGGUGCAUGUCCGCUGCCCCGACAUGGUCACUAAAGGCAACCUGUAUGGGCAGGUUACAGUUCGUAUGCACUCCAAGCAGACGUUAGCCAUCUAUGAUCGCUUCGGUCGGCUGAUGCUGGGCAGCGAGGAGCAACCAAAGGACGUCCUGGAGUACCUGGUCAUUGAACGGCAUCUGGUCAACCCCUACGGUAGAUGGAGGCUACACGGGAAAAUUGUGCCCUCAUGGGCUCCUCCCAAAGACCCAAUUAUUAAGACGGUUGCCAUCCCUGGUCCAGACCUGAAGCCAGGGGAAGAAUUUGAUGCCCUCAACUAUGAAGUUCCCAAACCAGAAGCAGUACAGUGGAAUAAGUAGGUCAGCAGGGGGCGCCGGUCUUUAUAUUACGCAGAGGACAUUAAGGAAUUACUCACAACAUUGAAUUUUUGGAUGGAGUUACUCUUGCUUGAGGAGGAAAUCAGGCUUUGUUCUUUUUCUGCUUCCUUCUGUUAAGAAAAAAUAUUUUAGAUUUUGAAGGAUGAGAAGAAAAAUCUUGAGUUUUGGUUCAAACAACCAGCUGUGCUCGGAAGUCACCAGAUCAUAAUUUUUUUGUUAUGCUUGUGAGAAUAAUUUUAUUUGUACAUGCAAGAAAUAAAAAUGGACAGAGCUCUAGAAACUGAGUGGUUUAUUUCUGCACCAAAUGUACAAGAUGCUGACUUCUGCAAUGGAAAAUAAAUAUUGAUAAUAAUGAUGGUUCCACCUGCUUUUCUUCACAAGGCAAAUCAUGAACUGCGUUGCAGUAAUUCAUACAUAUGUUUAAAAAGACAUAAUACAAAUAUGAUACAGAGCUUACAAAAUAACUUGACAAACACAAAAUAGUUCUCGAUUUGAUGGUGAAUUCUCUGAAUAAAUCAUUUUCUUGCGUUUUGAGAUACACUUCAGCAUCAUUUCUCUUAUGUUGUAGGAACAUUAUUAUUAUGCCACAAACAUUAAUUAAAUGAAAUGUCAUACAUGUCAUCCUUGGUAGAGUUUCAUUUUGAUGGAAAAUUUGCAUUAAUGUUUGACAUGGUAAAGUUUUACUUCUAAGGUAAAUAAAGGGUUUUUGUUAUUCUGGAAAAAAGUAAAAAAUAAUUUUCUGCGUUUCUAAUUUUGAUGUGUUUUAUAGCUAUUUUUAAAUUUAUACAAAAUACCGAAAAAGGAUUCAAGAGUAAUUCUUUUAGGUCUAUACGUCUGUAGAUCUAUACUAUACAUGAAUCUCUAAAAAUAAAAUUUUCUGCAGUCGAUAUUUAUGAAAAAUUAUAAGCUGUAUUUAUCAAUUUGCAGAAAGACAUUUUAUUUAGCAGUACUGAGAGCAAAACAUGUCUCUUUGGAUCGUAAAGGUUGCAGACCCACUUCCCUGGAGUUUUAACUCAAUUUAAGUCACCUAGACAUCUUUCAAUAACAUUUUAUUGCAAAGCAUUAAGCAUUCAUUGAAAAGUAAGAGUUUCCAUACUGCAUUUAAAUCUGUCAUAGCUGCAGGUUUAAGAUCAGACUUAAACAAGCACACAUAAGACCAAUAAUAAAGACACAAAGUACAUUUUCAUUUAAAAUGGAGUGGAAGCAGGAGCUGUUAUUGCCAUUCAAUGUGUGUGCAAUUACCUGCAGGAGCAACAUAUGAUGUAAUAUGCAAAAGUAGAAAAUAAAACUUCUUUGCAAAAUGUAUCAUAAGUAAUUAAGUCUCUAUGACAGAUUUCACAACCCAACUCACAUUACAUGGUAAAGACAACAUUUUACCAAGUAUUGUUUUUGUCUAGUUUCUAGUGCAAAUAUUUUAAUACACUUGAAAUAAGACU